AUGCCCGCGCGCCGCUGCCGGGCGCCGGCUUGGAGGAGAGCGGGCUGCGCCUCCUGGCUCUCCUGGGCCCUUUGGGGCAGCCUGAUCGUGGCUCCGGCGUGCGGCUACGUGCUCGUGAAUUCGGUGUCCUGGUCGGUCCCCAGCGAGGUGGAAGAGGAGAUGGACAGCUCCUCCAACGAGGAGGUCCUCCCGGCCCUUCUGGAAGACACGAGCAGCAUCUGGAAGCAAAGCUACCCGGCCUCGGUUUACAAAGAGGAGGAGCUGGGGUCCAGGCCGGGCCCGGGGAAAUCGAAGCAGAUCUCUUCUCCCUCCCGGAUGUUUUCCUACAGGAGGGAGAGCGCCAAAGAAACAGACCGCCUAGCGCCCCAAGAGCAAGCCACCAGGACCGCCCGCUUCCUCGUCCAUUACAACCACUGGGGCUUCUUGGCAACAAAAUCUACCCAAGAAAAGAUGCAAGGAGCCCCAUUUGGGAAUUGUUUAUCUAUCAGUGAUGGCCCUACAGACAAUAGCACUGGAACCCCUUUCUUUUAUGUGACUCCAAAGGACAACACAGUAGCAGAUCUGCUGAAAAACUCCAUUGCUUCACUGACACUGCCAGAGGCAGAAAGAGAUUUCUGCAGGAAAACUGUAGUUGAUCCUGAUGAUCCACGGUGUGCCAGGCUCAUUUUGACAGGACAGAUGGUUACAGUACCUCCAGAAGAAAUAGAAUUUGCCAAGCAAGCACUGUUUUCUAGGCACCCUGUCAUGAGAAAAUGGCCCCGCAGUUAUGAAUGGUUCUUUAUGAAAAUGAACAUAGAGCAUAUCUGGCUUCAGAACUGGUACGGAGGAAUUAGCGCCGUUGCAGCAGAGGAAUAUUUCAAAGCAGUGCCAAUUAAAGCUUGAUUGAACUCCCAAAUACAAAAAAAAAUCAGUGUUUUCAUAUUUGUUUUGGAAACAAACUGUUUUAUAUAAAAAUUUCACCAGGUGUUUGUUGAACAAGAUGUUGUUUAGGAAUUGUUUUUUUGCACAGUAUUCAAAAUGGCUCCAUCUUUCUUGAUUGGAACAGGAUACUUUUAAUUGAAUAUGAACAACAAACUCUUGCCAU